AUGGCGAAUAUCAACUCGAAGCUCAUUGGGCGCGAAAGGUGUGUUGCUGCAAAACACACGAAGAAGGUUGUAGCGAAUGAGAUGUUGCUCACAUUUCCCUAUCAUGGAAACUACGUCGACCUCGUCCGUAUGGAAAUGAACGCCAUUGCAUCCGUGAAGCCGGAUUUCGCCACGCGAACUUUUGCUUUCCUUGGCUCAGGUCCACUUCCUUUGACCUCUCUUUGCAUCAGUCAUCAUCUUCAAAGCGAGUGCGUAUCCUGCCAUAAUGUCGAUCAAGAUGCGACGGCCAUUACGACGGCCGUUACAUUGUGCCGCGCCUUGGGUCACUCUCCGGAAACUAUGUGCUUCCAGUGUGCAAGCGCCGGUAGUCCAGAUAUCGACUUGGGAUGCUUUGAUAUUGUCUAUUUGGCCGCUCUAGUGGGCGGUUGCAGCACGCAUAAACACGAGAUUAUGGCCGACGUCGUCAAGCGGAUGAAGCCAGGAGCACUGGUUGUGAUGCGCAGCGCGCACUCGUUGAGACGCCUGUUAUACCCGGUAGUCGAAGUCACGGAGGACAUGGCAUCAAUCGGGCUAAGACCCUUAUUGGUCGUACAUCCUUACAAUCAUAUUGUCAACUCGUGUGUCAUAGCUGUCGUCGAGUCCCCAUGUGGCUGCGGUCCAGAUGGCACAGGUGACGAAGGCUCAUUUGCUUGA